AUGGAAAUGAUGUUUAGAGCAAAGAAAAUGGGAUUUUCUGUUGGUGAAGUGCCAAUUGAAUUUGUUGAUCGUUUCUAUGGAGAAUCGAAACUUGGUGGUCAGGAAAUUGUUGAAUAUCUUUUUGGACUUUUUCGAUUAUUUACUUUUGUUAAUUAA